GUUGCCAAAUUCAUCUUUUUCACUUAUCUAUAACACCUUUUUUUUGCCUAUAUAUAGUUAUAGAAGUUCACUUCAUUUUCACAAACACAUAAUAACAAAACUAACCAAAACAUUAUUUUUUUUUUUCACUCCUUAUAUUAAAAUGGAGCAUUGUUCGUAUUAUACAUUUGUCAUAUUAAUAUCGAUAAUUUUAUCCCAACAUUUUACAAAUGUGUUAUUUGUAGAAGGAAGAGCUCAUUAUCAUAAGAAAAAAGGUGGGAAAUCUUUAGCACCAUCUUCUCCUAGUUAUGCCCCUGUUCCAAGCGGUGAUGAUCCAAGUUCACCUUCUCCUGUUGCUCCUUCUACUCCGUACCCGAGCCCAGACUCGGAAGGGCCGUGCAUAUUCGACGUGACCUCGUUCGGGGCAGUCGGAGAUGGGUCAAAUGAUGACACUAAUGCAUUUCAGGCUGCUUGGAAGGCGGCGUGUGCCGUCGAAUCGAGUGUUGUUCUUGUUCCUGCUAGAGGGAAGUUCAUGAUCACUUCUUCUAUUUUUAGUGGCCCGUGUAAGCCCGGCCUUGUGUUGCAGAUUGAUGGCAUAUUAAUGCCACCAGAAGGACCAGAUUGCUGGCCGGAGUCAGACAGCAAAAGGCAAUGGUUAGUGUUCUACAGAUUAAAUGACUUCACCUUAAAUGGCACUGGAACCAUUGAAGGUAAUGGUCAAAAAUGGUGGGACCUACCUUGUAAACCUCACAGGGGUCCACAUGGAUCAACAUUGCCUGGACCAUGUGAUAGUCCUGCUAUGAUUCGGUUUUUCUUGAGCAACAAUACAAGGAUGAGUGGCCUAAGAAUUCAAAACAGUCCACAAUUUCAUGUAAAAUUUGAUGGAUGUGAUGGAGUUUUAAUAGACAAGAUCCAAAUUAAUUCUCCUCAAAGCAGUCCCAACACUGAUGGCAUCCAUGUUGAAAACACUAGAAAUGUUGGCAUUUACAACUCCAUGAUUGCUAAUGGAGAUGAUUGUAUAUCAAUAGGACCAGGUUGUUCAGAUGUGGAUAUACAAGGGGUGGUGUGCGACCAUAGUCACGGGAUCAGCAUUGGGAGUCUUGGAGUGCACAAUUCGCGCUCGUGUGUAUCAAACAUAACGGUUAAAGGCGCCUUGAUCAAGAACUCAGACAAUGGGGUAAGAAUCAAGACAUGGCAAGGAGGGUCAGGCACAGUUUCAGACAUAUCAUUUCAGGAUAUUCAGAUGGAAAACACAACCAACAGCAUCAUAAUAGACCAAUACUACUGCCUCACAAAGGCCUGCAGGAACGAAACCUCGGCUGUUUACCUCUCAGGAGUGACUUACAAGAACAUCAAGGGCACAUAUAACAACGUUCGUAGUGCACCUAUUCACUUUGCCUGCAGUGAUGCAGUGCCCUGCACCAAUAUAACUAUGUCGGAAGUCGAACUUUUGCCUGCUCAAGGGGAGCUUGUUGAUGAUCCCUUUUGUUGGAAUGCUUAUGGGAUUCAAGAGACCUUAAGUAUCCCUCCUAUUGAAUGUUUACAAGAUGGUAUGCCGCUUUCGCUUGGAGAACAUGUUGAUGGGUGUUGAUUUCUAGUGUUUGGUUAUGAUUUUUAUUUGAAGCUACAUUUUUUUUAGAUAGGUGAAUGAAUCUAUAUAUGUAUACAACAUAGAGUCCUUGCAUUUUUUGGUGGGGCUUUGAUGAUUUUCAUUUGUUAGGAUACAAUGUAGUAAUAGUUCAUCCCGUUUGGGAUUUUUCUCCCUUGUUGUGUGAUGAAAUUAUGGUACAUGAUUAUGUCUAUUGUAUGGAUUGAUUUGAUAUGUUUAUAUAGAUUGAAGCACUUUUAUUUGAUCUCA